UGAGCGGCGGACCGGCAGUCAGCGGUCGCUCCAGUGAAGUUACAUCCUCCGCGGAGCAGCUUUUCCACUCACGAAAGCUUACGUAGAGGAAGAAAAAAACCCAACGCGACAGACGCGUAUCUUACUUCAUUUUCUUUAAUUUUAAUUUGAAUUCCCACACUUGCCCGCCCCGGCGGACAGCGGUCGGUCCUUCAGCCCGCGGACUCCGCUGCGCUCCGGUCAGGGAGCCGCUUUCCGACGCGGACGAGGAGACUUUUGUGAAUGAAACUUUGUGCCGAUUCUCCCGGACAGGUGAAGGAGCGGGGACGUGUUUUAAUUAAGAAGAUGCUCGGUCCUCUCGAGUCCCAGGCGGGGAGGUUAACGGCAAUGUCAGGGGUCUCUCGUUUUGGGAAUAAAUGAUUACUGGCAGCAACCGACGGCCAAAUAAUGCUCAGGAGAUGCCUAGUGACGUUCAAACCGUUCAGGAUAUUUGUGGUGGGAAUCGGCUUCUUCAGCCUGUGCUUUCUAAUGACCUCUCUUGGGGGCCAGUUCUCAGCCAAGAGACUGGGGGACUCCCCUUUCACCAUCCGCACAGAAGUGCUGGGAAGUGUGGAGUCACGCGGGGUGUUGAGGAAGAUCAGCGACAUGCUGGAGGUGAUUCUGAAGAGGAUGGACAGCCUGUCUAAACUGGAUAACAGCUCCACCACGGACGCCAGGCGCCUGGACGAGCUCAGCUCCGCCAUCAACAGGUUUCAACCAGCCGGCCUGGUGGAGAAGAUCCAAGCCAUCGCCCAGAACGUCUCCAACAUGGCCACCCGGGUGGAGCAGAUCCUGCAGAACAGCCUGGUGCAGAGCAGAGCAGUGAGAGAUGGAACAUCGAGCCAGUGUGAAGUGCCAAGAGAGAGCCGCUUCCCAGAGUGUCCUGGAAAAGUGGAUUGGAUGCGAGCGCGGUGGACGUCAGACCCCUGCUAUGCCUUCUACGGCGUCGAUGGCUCCGAUUGCUCCUUUCUCAUCUACCUGAGUGAGGUGGAGUGGUUCUGCCCCCCGCUGGCCUGGAGGAACCAGACCGGCGCCCCCACCCAGACUCCACAACAGACCAAGCCUCCCAAGCGACAGGCCGCCUUCCGCACAGACCUGUCUGUCCUGCUGGACCAGGUCGGGGGAGGGAAGGAGUCCCUCAGCUUCAUGAAGCGCCGGAUCCGCCGCCUCUCUCAGCAGUGGGCGACGGCCGCCAACCGCCUGGAGGCCAAGCUGGGCCGGAGAUGGAGGGACCAGAAGAAGAUCCUGGUCCACGUGGGAUUCCUCACAGAGGAGUCUGGGGAUGUUUUCAGCCCCAAGGUGCUGAAGGGCGGACCCCUGGGGGAGAUGGUUCAGUGGGCCGACAUCCUGACGGCUCUGCACGUCCUGGGACACAACCUCAAGAUCUCCAUGUCCGUCAAAGAGCUUCAGGGGUUUCUCGGCGUGCCCCCCGGCAGGGGAAGCUGCCCACUCACUGGUCCUUUGCCCUUUGACCUCAUCUACACCGACUACCAUGGCAUGCAGCAGAUGAAGCAGCACAUGGGGCUUUCACUGAAGAAACACAAAUGCCACAUCAGAGUGAUUGACACCUUUGGUACGGAACCAGCCUACAACCACGAGGAGUACGCAACCCUGCAUGGCUACAGGACCAACUGGGGCUACUGGAACCUCAACGCCAGGCAGUACAUGACCAUGUUCCCCCACACGCCAGACAACUCCUUCAUGGGCUUCGUUUCGGAGGAGCUCAACGACACGGAGAAGAGGAGCAUACUGCAGAACAAAGUCAACAACAUGGCGGUGGUGUACGGGAAGGAGGCCAGCAUGUGGAAGGUACCGCAGGGCAAGGAGAGCUUCCUGGAGAUUCUGCACAGGUACAUGGAGGUGCACGGCACGGUGUACUAUGAGACCCAGAGGCCUCCGGAGGUCCCGGCCUACGUGAAGAACCACGGCCUGCUGCCCCAACACGAGCUGCAGCAGCUUCUCAGGAAGGCCAAGCUUUUCAUUGGGUUUGGGUUCCCGUACGAAGGACCGGCGCCCCUUGAAGCGAUUGCCAACGGUUGCAUUUUCCUGCAGCCCAGGUUCACGCCGCCUCACAGCUCAUUAAAUCAUGAGUUUUUCAGAGGAAAGCCCACAUCCAGACAGGUUUUCUCGCAGCAUCCCUACGCAGAGCAGUAUAUCGGCAGACCGCACGUCAUGACGGUGGACUACAACAACUCCCUAGAGUUCGAUUCUGCCAUCAAGGAGAUCAUGAGGACCAAGGUGGAGCCUUACCUGCCGUACGAGUACACGUGUGAGGGGAUGCUGGAGAGAGUUCACGCCUACAUCCAGAAUCAGGAGUUUUGUGCCCCGGAGCCUGCUUUUAUUCCAGCCAACGUCUCCAGACAAGGAUCUGCUGCUGGCAGCGGCGGGUUGGGACCUCUGUUUGUGCCGCUGCCCAACUCCACGGUGCUGGUGUGGACAUCUGGCGUGCCGGCUCCCGCCGCCUGGCCGCCCCUCAGCUCCCUCCGGCUGCUCGUGUCUCUGGAAGGGCAGUCGUGUGUCGACGCCUGCCAGCUGGCGGGUUUUAUCUGCGAACCGGCCCACUUCCGCUUCAUCAACAACAAGGAGGCUCUGCGCGGGUUGCAGGUGCAGUGCGAAGUGGUCGACUCCGAGAUCAACCACAUCCUGCCGGGCUUCUCGGUGGUGCGGCGGGAGUGCGGCCUUCAGCGGGAUCCCCUGCUCUUCAGCUGUGCAGGACACUCCCCUAAAUACCGGCGUCUUUGCCCCUGCAGGGACUUCCGGCGUGGACAAGUGGCGCUCUGCAGAGACUGUCUAUAAUGGCACGACAUGUGGGCGGAGCGCCGGAGGAGGCGGCUGUGCAAGUGAUCCACAAUCAGACUGAAACAAAUAACCCAAACUAAAAAGCUGUGUCAUUUACCCACGAGUGACGGGGAGGAUAUUUUGGGAAUGCGUCUUCAUCAAAGUGGAGCUGUGGUGUCAUUCCACGACAGACGUCAGAUCCAAACUCCUCUCGACGCUCGGACACGAGAUGACGGACGCCGUGACACCCCCCUCGGAGGACAUUAGUGAGACUGAACGCCUCGUCUGAGUCGACAUCAAUCAAAGCAACCAUCACUGGUAGAAGAAAAAAGGGAAAAAAAAACAAACAGACAGACAGGGCACAAGAUUAUUUUUCAAUAAAUAAGCCUUCAGAGCUCUCCGAUUUUUAAAGAGUUAUUUGGGCUUUGUGAUGGAAAAAAAAAAUCGUAAAUAAAU